AGGGCUAGACUUAGAGGUAAGAAGAGCAUCUCACCACUCUGGGCUCUGCAAUCGAGUGAGGAUAGUUAGGGUUUCAUUUGGCCCUCAUACAGUAUUGAUUUUACCUUGACAGAGAACAGUUUUUUUUUUAAUUCGGGUUCUGUCCCUGUAAUUUGAUUGCCAUCGUUUCUCUUGGACCGAUUGUCUUUUGACCCGACAAUCCCAGCUCUGGUUGUGGGUCUCUCUGCUGCUCUCUGCUGGUGACUAACAUGGGUCGCUGGAACAGUCCGGAUUUAAUCUUCCUAUCUCUCAAUUACAAUGUCACAGUAGUAGGAAAAAUCUGGUUAACCCUGAUGAUCAUGCUCAGGAUCCUCAUUCUGCUUUUUGCUGGCUAUCCCCUCUACCACGACGAACAAGAACGAUUUAUCUGCAAUACCAUACAGCCUGGGUGUGCCAAUGUGUGCUACGACAUGUUUGCUCCUGUAUCCCACUUCAGGUUUUGGCUUGUUCAGAUGGUCAUCCUCUGCUUGCCACAUGUUAUUUUUAUUGUCUACGUGACUCACAAAGUAUCCACACGCCUCUCCUUGGAAAACAAUUCAUCGAGCAAACUUAAUACCCUAUCCCUUCAUAAAAUCCACCAAGAAACUUUCAGGAAGGCUUCGCUGACUAAAACCACACUGGAAGCAGAAAGAGGAAAAAUACCCAGUUUCUCAGGAGCUUACGUUUUUCAGCUGCUGCUGCGGAUCCUUUUUGAAGCUGGGUUUGGUGCUGGGCAAUAUUAUCUCUUUGGGUUUUUCAUCCCAAAGAGAUACUUGUGCUACGAGUCUCCUUGCACCAGCAUGGUGGAUUGCUACAUCUCCAGACCCACAGAGAAAACCGUGCUGAUCAAUUUCAUGUUCGGGGUCAGCGCCAUCUCCUUCCUGCUGAAUAUCGCAGAUCUCAUCUGCGUGAUCAAGAGGUCUAUGAGGCAGAGCCGGAAAAAUAAACUGCUGAUGGAAAGGAUGUAUGAGGAAGAGCAGUACUACCUCACACCACCGAGCAGGAAUGUAGAUUCGCAGCUGGAAAUGACAGAGGGCUACACAGCUCUCGAUGCUCUGAACAAAAGGAUGGGGAGCGACUUGAGUGCAGACAGUGCAGCCUCCAUCCAGCUGGAUGAGGGGGUGGAGAACUUGCCUGCGCAUUCUGAGGCUUUGUCAUCCCAUGUGGCCAAUGCAAACCACAACAAUGCCUACACACAGGCACGUGAGGAACCCUUAGAACAGGAAGGAAGCGAGACUGCACUUUGCCUGACUGAGUCCAAGGUGGCACAUGGAAUCCCAGGGAGGUACUGCAGACGUGGCCAUCUCAAAGGACAGCCCUCCAGGUUAGGGGAGAAGGCCCAGGCAGGGGAGGCAGAUUCCACAUCCACCGUCCAUACCAGGAGGAUAGGCCGGUACACGCUGGUGGAAAUGAGCUCCUCGGCAGGACAGUCAAGCUGCAGUGAAAUGCGGGAGAAGAGAUCAGAAUGGGUGUGAAAUGAACAGGGAGGUUCUUGAAUUAUUAAGAUACAAAGUAAUCUGUUUUUCUUUGUAGUGGUGGAUUUACGUUGCUUACUUCGUUUAAAAGAAAAAUAUGCAAUCACAAGUCGAUUUUAGGAAAUUCGAAAUGCUAGAACUUGCUAGAAACAGCUGCUGUAGUUAUCAACAUGCCAUCAUAGGUACCAUA